AUGAUUUCCGGGCAGAUUGAGCUUGUCCAUGUCGAUUCUAAACCCAUCUCUCUUCUGCCUCCCUUUUCAAAUGGCCAAGAAUCCAUCAGAGUACUACUAGAGACAAUACUGGUACGAAGAGGUACUUCUGCAGCAGAUAUUAUUAGCCUGAUCUGCUAUGGAAUUAUGCUAGCGCUGGUGUCUAGGUAA